AAGAAGCCGGUUUCGCAGGAGGUACAUUCCGAGACCAUACCCCUGCAAGGUCCCAGUAACCCGUCUACUCCCGAAAUACUUGAACCACAUCCAGUCACCACAGACUUGAAUCCGGUCGAGAAUGAGGAUGUUGGAGACUGUCGAUUCAACGGCCCUAUCUCGUAUUUGCGGAAUUUCGCAUUUCUCUGUCUUGUAAUCUGUGUGAUCAUGGUCCCGUUUGCUGCCAUAUUUUUGCCAAUACUGUUCUUGGUUUUCGGAGGUGUUUAUUUCCACAAAUGUCCGGGAUUGAGGGAGUUGCCCAUCUGCCAACUCGUUGGUGGGGUACUGGCGCUGCUUAAAGUCGUGUCCUUUGCUGUACAAGAGUGCAUUUUCGGGAAAGGACGGAAAUACCGCAAGAAAUGCUUCCUCAACCCUUUUGAUAUGCUUGUUAACCUUGCAAUACUGGGAGAUUUUAUUGCUUGUAACGUGUUCGCGUACGGAUAUCAAGGGGGACUGGACAAAAUCUACGUCAAACCCGGCAACUGUCACUACGAUCUGUUCUACUUCUCCUACUCGCUGAUUAUCUUCCUCUACAUCUUCUUUGGUCUACUGAUUAUUGCGUUCGUGUACGUCGUCAAAGUGAAACCAAACUUUGCUAAGAAUAACACUGACAGAGGAGUAAGUAAUGUGUAACGUCGAGUUUAUUUUGUGAACGCUUGUACAUUUGAACAAAGCGUUUUAAACAUGAAUGGAGAAAACUGGAGCCACAGUCAGCCAGUUAUUUAACCCGUAUGAAGAAUAUUCCUAUGAAAACAUAUAACCACGAUACAUUAAUUCCCAUUUUCAAGUAUAUUUAGUUUAAUUUCGAUUUUUUAAAUGUGUCAUUCAGAUGUGCUUGAGUUUAAUGACCAAAUAUAUAAUAUCACAAUGCAACUACAUUUUAAGACAUAUGUUUAUAGUUUGUGAUUUUUUGUUGUUUUGUUCUAUGUCUUUGGCGUUUACCCUGUGCCAUUAAACGGAGUUUAUGUUUAACCGUUCGGCUUCGGAGCUUGUUUCUGAAGUUUUUCAUAUAGAUUUUCAAAUGGAUUUGUUUUGCAUGUUCAAAAGAAUGAUGACAUGUCGCAAUAUUCAGUUAGUGCAUUACAUGUUUAAGCAAACUAAUAAAUACAAAAGCUUACCUAUUUUUUCUGAGCAAAGAAGAAAAUUGAAAAAGGCAGUAAAUGUAAAUU